AGUAGUGAGGAGAAUGUAAUCCAAUUGAUACAAAUCUGUGUUUAGAGGCUUUGUAGUAACACUUGGUGUAAAAAGUCGCAUUAUUACUCCGCUUGAUUGAGCCCUUUAUACCGCACAUCUGUUUCAGUGUUUCAUUUAUAUCGUGAUGUCGUCUGGGUUUUGUAGCAGAUAUUCUGACCAUGUUUUUGUUGUAUUUUUGUUUGUUUUUCGUGUUUGUGUGGGUAGUUUCGGUCAAUAAUUUCUACCAGAGAGAUGUCUAUUUAGAAAUACACAUCAAUGGACGAGCAGGGACGUCAUAAUACAAAAACUGGCAACAGAUUUACAACUGGCAACAACGGAAACUCGGGAGAACUAUUUAACGAGAAAAAAUCAAAAUACAUCAACACAUCAGCUGAGGAACUUAAAUUACUCUUAAACAGAGUUCCGGAGCCUAUAAAACUAUUGGACCAGCAUACACGAUGUCCUACUGUAAAAGACUGUGUGACUGCCAUUGUCACUACUCACGGUAAAUUGGAAGCAGUUGUAAGAUUGAUAAGAUCCAUCUUUAAAUCUGGAUAUGGUAACAUGGAAGUUAUUGUGAUUAACGAUCAACCACCAGAGGACAACGAAUACACAAAUUAUGAGACCAACAUUGAGGGUCACAGAAAUGUACAAUAUCAUUUCGUUCCACCCCCUGAUGGUAAAAACAAACUAGGAACUGGCAGAAGCAGAAACAUUGCUCUCAGCUUCGUAACGACUCCUUUUUUCCUGCAACUUGACGACGAUUUUGUCUUUACAGAUUCAACUAAUCUUGAAACAAUGGUGCAAGUACUAGCAACAACAGAUACGGACAUAGUGGGUGGACAGAGACACGGAUCUUCAAGCUUCCCCAGGUUCACCAGAUAUGAUGAAGAUAAUAACGCACUUGUUAAGAUUAGCGAGUGCUCUUAUUCAGAGUAGAGCAGAGUGGGGAUGUUAGAUGGCAGCUAGAAAUCAAUGGAAACUGCCAGCAAGUGGACAGCGUUACCAGCUUCUUCAUGGCUAAAACAACUGCAGUAAAGCGAGCUGGAGUAUGGAAACCUCGCCAACCUCACCACGAGGAAUUCUUAAUCUGGAUUAGGAGGGCUAACCUUAAAGUUGCUACCUGUAACCUCGUAUUUUAUAGCCCGAGAACCAGAUAUCCAGACAAUCUAAAGAGCAGUAAAUUAAAGAACAAGAUGUUCCUUUCCUGGUUUCUCCGCCCAGUACAACCUGUCACGUGUGGUAUACUGUCAGUGUAAGGAUGUAGUGAGGAGUCAGAAGGGAGGUGUCACGUGUGGUGAUAGUUUGUGGGAGGUUAGGCGAGAUGUUAAACUUCUUAUUGACAAUUUAUCAUGUAUGAGCUUCACAGUUCGGUAAAUGUUUGCUUUAUAACGAACAAGACGUGAAAAACUCUAAAUAUGUGGAUUGUGGGCGGACGAAUCGUUUCAUGGAAUAUAGAACGAUACCAUUCGUUGGAUUGUUUGAAAUAUUAUGUUCCUGCUUAGUGCUUAUCAGUCGAGCAAUUUUCUGGGGAACCAAGAAACAACAAAUGAAAUAUAAGAAUUAACUUUAUUUUUUUAAUAAAUUUAUUGUUUAUUCAAAGAUGGAAAAUUGUGUUCGUUUAUUGGUACUUGGAACUUUUGAGAUGAUUUAAAAGCAAUUCAACUUCACGAUUACUGAUUUAUGUAAAUGUAAUCAAAUGGUUACGUUAUUAUUUGUUUUUACAGGAUUAUAUUUAACAG